GGGCCCUGCCACCUGGGAAGCGGCCGCAGCGGGAGCCGCCGCGGCGUCCAGGAUGUUCAGUGUAACCAAGGCCACGGAGAAGGCUCUGCUUCAGCACUUCAUAUACCAGAAGUUGGAGAUCGCCUAUGCCAUACACAAGCCCUUUCCGUUCUUCGAGGCCCUCCGAGACAACAAAUUCAUCACGGAGAGGGUGUACAGAGAAUCCCUGGAAGCCUGUGGAAAUCUGGUGCCCAUUUCCAGAGUGGUGCACAACGUUCUCACCAAACUGGAGAAGACUUUUGACUUGCCGCUUCUGAUGACACUGUUCAGCCAGAGUAACCUGCGUGAAUAUCCCGAUCUCAUGGUCAUUUUCAGGAGCUUCGGAAGCGUUGUUGCGUCCUAUGAGCACUGGAGCAGAACCACACCAAGUGGCUCAGUAGAAGAGAGCUCCCUGCAGACCCCGCAGCUCCCGGGGCCCCAUCCACCCACCCUGAGCUCUCUGCUGUGUACGCCUGGAGUCACUGAGCUCCAAGCAGCCUCGGAGCAAAUCAACAAGAUCCUACAUGAACGGCCCAGCCCUUCCAACCCUGCCCUGCCUCUCCCUGGACUCAUCCAGGAAGGACAAAACAGUCCAGGAAGGAAAAGAAAAAGACAUAUUUGGCCAACUCCAAAGAGACAUCAGAAAAAAAGCUGCCCAAAAGAAGCAGUGUCACCUGAGCAAGGAACCCAAGAGGAGCUCCAAGGGGCAAACCAGGGCACCCAAAUGAGAGAUGACUUAACCCAGGACUUGGAUGUGCUGGAAAGGGUCCACGAGGCAAAGACUGAAUGUGCCCCGACACCCACCCCAGAAGAGAUCAGCCAUGAGACCUCAGAAAUAAAUGAAGGGACGACACCCCAGAAGAUACCCAGCACCCCACCAAGAACUACCCAUGGUAAAGACUUGGAAUUGCAGACCUCAGAGCUCAGUCAUCAGAAACCCAAAUCAGAAAAGAAGAAGAAAAAAAAAUGUAUCUGGUCAACUUCAAGAAGAAGACAGAAAAAAAGGCUUCCAAGAGAGGCAGCUUCAUCUGGGCGUGGAAUCCAGGAGAAAGCCCAAGUGGUGGAUCAGGAAACUCAGAGGAAGGACAACUCCGACUCAGCCGAGGAUGCAAAGAUGGACUGUGCGCAGAAGGCCACAGCAGAGGAAAAACCAGAAGAUGAUGCUGUAGAUUUUCUCUCACCUAUGCUGCCUGUGACCUGUGGUGAUGCCAAGGGGGUUUUAUAUAAGGAGAAGAUGCAGCAAGGUUCUUCAGAGAAGUGCAUUCAGAACGAGGAGGGAACCUGGUUCACACCCGACGAAUUUGUAGUUGAAGGAAAGAGAGAAAAGUCAAAAGACUGGAAGAAGAGCGUGCGCUGCAGGGGACAGACCUUGCGGCACCUGAUGGAGAAAAGACUUUUGUUCUGCCCUUCAAAAGUGAAUAUGAAGCGAAAGGUCACUAGCAGGUGAAUUCCCAGCACGUCCUCCGGCUCUUGUGUCCCAGCUCCGAAGGCAACCUCAUCAGCCGCUCCAGCAUGCUCCAGCAUGCUGCUCCAUGCCCCGGCCUCCGUUACCACCAGUUACUAGGGACAAGGAGCCACAGGACUCCUUGAGACAAAAAUCAGGACAAGUUACUCAUGCGCAGAUCCGGCUCACGAGCCUCCCAUUACACGGGAACUUCCAGCAGAGGCCCUGGUGCAUCUGUUCUUCAGAGACUGGCCUAACCUUUGUCUGCAUUCAGAGUUUCGUUGGUUGUAUUGUUGUUUGUUUUGUGCUGACCCUAAGGCUUGAA